AUGGCUUCCAAGUAUGCAGUUGCGGGUGAGCGGUACACCGGGGGGAAUAGUGAACCUACAGAUAGUGACGACGAUGACGCAAUGGCUCGCACAGCCGCCAAUAUUGAAGAUGAACUUGGGGAUGAGGACGAGGACCCAAAUCCUGGGGAUGAAGUAUUGUGGUUGGGGAAGUACAAAGGGCACAAAUAUGAUGAACUAUCUUUUUCAUACAUAGAAUGGAUGAUAAAAAAGUAUCUGGAGAACCCAGACACUGCUUGGCCCAAUAUCAAGGACUUCAAGUCGUUAUACGAUCGGAAGCAGGUCUGGAUUGAAAAAAAUUCGUCUGAACUCCCACCUCCCGGCAAGACAAUCAUGUGGUUUGGCCAGCAUAAAGGCAUUGCUUUCGACAAAUUGGAAGAUGGAUAUCUGAUGAGCCUCGUCAACUUUUAUUACAGAGACGGAGACAAAGCAAUCCCAAACAUACGAAAAUUCAAGGAAUUAAAAGAUACGUACGAUUCACGGCUCAUUUUAAAAAAGAUGCGCACAAGUAAAAGUCCAGGAUCAAUUCCGAUUUGGUUUGGGGAGGACAAGGGUAGAGAGUUUCGAAAAAUAUAUGACUCUCAGCCUCGCCAGUGGAGAAAGCGCCUCAAAAUUUGCCGAUGGGCCCCAAUACUCAAAGCCAUUGCUCGUGAAUAUGAGGAAUGUAAGUUGAGUAGACCGCCACGAAAACAAGCUGCUUCGCGGAAUAAACCGGUGAUUGUCAAUCCAGUUGGCGAGAGACUAGGGCCGGCUGACGAUGGAGUCGCUUCAGAUGAUGAGUCUUAUAUAUCCGACGGUGGCUUCGUAGUUCAAGAUGAAGAUGAAAGCUCCGACGCGGAUGAAAGCUCCGAUGAGGAUGAAACAAGGGAGUUGGACUAUGACGAGGAAUUCGAGGAAACCGAGGAAGUCGACGAAUCAACCACAACUGUAGAUUGCGAGGUCAAUAAAAACACAUCCCCAGAUCUCGAUAGCAGCGAAAGCGAUACGUCGGAAGAAGUGCUACCAGGAACACCGAGUGUUUCAAGGUCUUCCAAGCGAAAACCGUUAGAAAUUUCUGAUGACUUUGCUUCUUUAUCCGACAGCGGUGAAGAGUCGGAAGCAAUCGUCUCUCCUACUAAGCGUAGAAUGACACGUAGCCUUUUCAGUCCCCGAAAGAGGGUAGUUCUUCUGCUUGAGAGCGAUAGCGACGACUAA